AAAUCAGAAAUGGCUGCGAUGGGUAGUGGACGAGGGACGAUGGAUUCCCAAAAUCAAGUGCAAAGUGAUAAUGUAGAUCGUUUAAAAUUGCUUUAUCCUAAUGUGAACGAAGAUGAGACACCCCUCCCGAAAUCAUGGAGCACGAAGGACAAAUUCAGCUACAUCGGUCUAUCACAGAAUAAUCUUAGAGUGCACUACAAAGGUCAUGGUAAAACCCACAAGGAUGCAGCAAGCGUACGUGCCACACAUCCCAUACCGGCCGCUUGCGGGCUCUACUACUUCGAGGUGCGCAUCGUGUCCAAGGGUCGGGAUGGCUACAUGGGCAUCGGCCUGUCGGCACAUGGCGUCAACAUGAACAGACUGCCCGGGUGGGAUAAACACUCAUACGGUUACCAUGGUGACGAUGGCCACUCCUUCUGCUCGUCCGGAACUGGGCAACCUUACGGUCCCACCUUUACGACUGGUGACGUCAUCGGCUGCGGAGUGAACCUUGUCGACAAUACCUGCUUCUACACAAAGAACGGACAUCAUCUCGGUAUCGCCUUCAGAGGACUUCCGGUGCGUGUGAUGCCCAAUCUGUAUCCAACUGUGGGACUUCAGACGCCUGGUGAGGUAGUAGAUGCAAACUUUGGGCAGCAGCCGUUCGUAUUCGACAUUGAAGACAUGCUGCGAGAGUUGCGUGCGCGCACGCGUCUCGCAAUUGACGAAUUCCCACUACCCGAUGAGCAGGGCCAGUGGCAGCAGGUGCUUCACAGAAUGGUGUCAUCAUAUUUGGUACACCAUGGGUACUGUGGAUCAGCUCAAUCCUUCUCCCGAGCCACUGGCCAACACAUACACGAGGAUAUCGCCUCAAUCAAGAAUCGACAACGGAUAUCUUCGUUGGUGCUAAGCGGUCGGAUCGGCGAGGCGAUAGAGAGUACACGGCGUUGGUAUCCGGGACUCUUGGAGAGAGAUCCAGACCUACUCUUCUUGCUAAAGUGCCGCCAGUUUGUUGAGAUGGUCAAUGGCACGGCUGAUGAUGCACAGCAGUGCGGUGGGACCAACCACAAUGGCGUGGCGACGUCGGUUAUAUCUCACACCUCGAGGGCGCAUUCGCCGGCCUCUGACCACCACACACACAACGGCCUCCAUACUAAUGGUGUGACAGAUAUAGAGCAGAAGCAAAAUUGUGAUGUAGAAAUGGUCCAAGCGCCACCCACUACGGACUCGGCCGCUUCACCCAACGGUGAGCACGACGGUUCGGAGCCGGUGAAAGGCAUGCCGGGCGUCACCGCGUGCGUCGCCGCUCUGCUAUCGCCGCGCCGGUUCGAAGGUGAAGGUUGCCGCGUAAGCGUGGAACGUAUGCUCUCGUUCGGACGAGAGCUGUACGCCAUGAGCCAGAAGUUGUCACAGGACCAUUUCCACAAGUCAAUGCUAGAGGAUGCCUUUAGCCUGUUAGCUUAUAGCAACCCAUGGGACAGCCCGCUGGGCUGGCAAUUAGAGCCAGUGCGCCGCGAGGCUGUCUGCGAAGCGCUCAAUUCCGCUAUACUGGAGUUCCAAGGUAUGCCGUGGAUAUCGCCAGUGGAAGCGUGCGUGUCGCACUCCCGAGAGCUCCUACGGCGUAUGGCGCGAGCGUCCCUCGGCGCCUGUGCCUUCGCCGACCUUCCCGCACUUCUGCGCCGCUGACCCCCGCGCGCCGCGCCCCGCGCUUCCCGCCCCCACCGUCAUCGCCACUGAUGUUGUCCCUUUCGAUCGAAUCAUUUACAGCCUAACGGAGUGAGACGAAUAUAACGUAAGCGUUUUGUUUUUGUCUCCAUACGGAUUGUUUAGCGGAGUGAGACAUCGUACCCCUGUUUGGAAUCGUUUUACAUUUUAUCUCUUGUUUAUGGAGUGCCGACAAAUGACCAAAGUACUUACGCUUUUCAUUUUGAUAGUUGCUUUUAUUUUGUGGAAGGACGCCUUUGACAGGCUAGUCUCGUAACGUGACAAAAAUCAAAAUUGCAGUGUUCGGUGCGAACGAUAUGGACGUUACUAGCGGGUGUGCUCGUUAAUCGGAAGUGGUAAACGAUAUCACUUCCGACUUUAAUACAUAGAUAUAUUAUAGAAUAUAAAUAUUAAUAUAAUCGGUGACGCGGGGCACUACUUAUUUUAUACGAUAGCGAGCACUUACAUAGUCAUUGUAUGGUAUUCAUGUACGAUCGCCCUGUUUUUGAUUUUGUAUAUGGAUUUGUGAUUCGUCAAUUGUAUUCGUCUACGUAACACGUAGAUAAAAAUAAAUAAAAAAAUGCUCUAAAAUGCUUGUUACAAUAAAGAUGGGUUUUGUGUAUGUAUGGCCUACGAUCAGUUGCAAUGUACGAUAGGCAGUAGCGUGGGUUGUAGGGUUUAUAAGACUUAUAGUGCCGCCGCUUAAACCUAACUUUACCGAGCUUUUUGUUGGCCAAUUAAUUGGAAGCGAGUGAGCGGCCGCCCGUAUGUGUUCAUUACAAUUUAUCCAAUGCCUAAAUCAAUUCAAAAGUCAAUCGAAUUUAAAACUUAGCCUGUUUUAACAACCACUGCAACGAUAACGGCUAAUAUAUUUAAAUUUGUAUUGAAUUAUCAUGAAUCUCCCAAUUGCAAUUUUGUAUCUAAGGGUAAGAUUCGGAAAUGAGACUUAGCGCGAACUGCGACCAAUCUAAUACGUUUUUGACAUACGGGAGUCGCACUUAGCAGUCUCGUUUCUGAAUCUCGCCUAAAGCUAGUGAUAGGUAUAAAAAAAAUAUUUUCUUUUUCAUAACGCCCUGUAUCUUUCAUACUGUUCUUAAUUUUGUAAAAAUAUUUUUUAUUCGUGAUUUUAAAUAAUGACUAGACGAGUAGCUGCCAAUUAAUUGGCUAAAAAAAUAAAUAAUAUAAUAAUUAUAAUGUGAGACGAACUGUUUGCGAGUAGUUGAUUAAGUGUUAAGGUCACUGCUUUUGGUGCACACGACCGGUUCCGUAACUUACGUACAGUUAAAUCAUUUCGGACUUUUUCGUUGAUUACCUUUAGAUUGAAAAAUGUUUUUUUUUUAAAUUGGAAAACUAGUUCUUAGAAUUUAGUGUUUACCCCCGCCCAUGGACACCUGCAACACCAGCAGGCUUGCAAGUUUGAUGUACGCAUCUCUUGAUGGCCCAAAGUCGGAAGUGUUCGGAAAUACGUCAAAUGGCAAUCACUUAAUUAAGUAUUCGUAACGACGUUUUGUGAAAGCGAACACGUUUUUCACGGGUCUAUUGGCCCUUCGUAUAUUUUCUUCUGUUUUAGUACCGAACUCUACUGAGAGCUACUGAAAUUAUCCAUAAAACGAUUUAACAGUUCUAUAUUAAGUUGGUAUUUAAUUGUAUUGUUAAUAAGAUGUUCAAAAGACGACUAAACGGUCGAAUCGUCAGUUUUACUUCACUUUCAAACCUGGUUUUGAUUUAAUGAAUGUUAAAUUAACUGUACAUUGAUUAGUUUUGUAUUGGCUUUUAUGGUUAUCCCACGGAAGUGAAAAUAAGCUCUCUUUGAUAGACCCGUGUCGUGUGCCCAGUUUGAUGUAAAAUAUUAUAUAUGACCUUUCGCCGAUUUCUAAUAGCAGAAUGUUUUGUAGAUACAGUUGGACGCACUAACAUAUUAAACAAAAAAAUAUUAUGUACGCGUUUUGUUGUAAUAUAAUGCGGAGGUUUUCUUGGAAAUGUAAAUAGACUUAGAUGUGUUAGUGUGUCGGGCUAAGACACUGCUUUGUAAAGACGAUUCUACAAUAUUGUUCGUAUAUUGUAUUGUUUUCUUUUUUAAUAAUAUAUUGUGUUUAAACCG